UUAUGUCACACUUAUAGAUCUCCUUACAUUGUUUGAUUUUGUGAUUGGCUUCUGAAACGUUUAAAAUGAUCAAAAAUAAAAACGAAUAUAAAAUAACAAAUUUUAAAGCCUUCAUAAUCGGACUCCGGAAAUAAUAUCAAUAAGCGGACUGCCAUUUUAAUUAGGUUUUAUAUACCUUAGAAUAUCUUCUCAGUGAAUAUUCGCUAUCAGUCAUUUGGUACUAAUAUUUAACUUUGAACAUCCGGAAAUCUUCUUCCGGAAUUAUUAAAUAUUUUGCAAUCGAUGGUUAAUGACACAAGUUCAAAUACUUUUUGUUAUCAAUAUCAUACUUACGACCGAUAGGCCCAUCACUGAUUGAUAAGGUGAUUCAAAAUAAUAUAAUUUUGAUAUCAGAGGUUCAUAUAAAUAUAAAUAAACGUGCUUACAUAUUUUUUGUUUAUUUAAGAACAUUAUCAUGAAUUCGAUUGGAAUUCUUGUGUUAAUUUUAAUUUUAAUUGUGACACUAGCCGAAUCGCACUAUCCAAAACCAUGUAGUACGAUUUUUCAAUGUGAUUAUCAAGAAAAUCCUGUCUGGAGCAGUGAUUAUGUUUCUUGUAAGGCUUUUCGAAACAACUGUUGGUUUAAAUUAGAAAAUUGCAACCGCAAAAAUAAUAAACAAAUUGAAUUAAGGAAAACGACUCGUGAAAAAUGCCAAAGUUUUUGUAAUAAGAAAUGUACGAAAAUAUUUUUACCCGUUUGUGCUGAUUACAGGCAUGGAAAAUACAUGUUUAGUAAUGAAUGUGAAAUGGAAAGGCAAAUUUGUGAAUCUGGACAAACUUAUAUCUUGAAGAGUAGAUCGAGAUGCGAUUGCGAGUAUAGACCUGAAAUAAUAACACUUUAAAAUAAAUUUUAAAAUCAGUUACAUAUUUAGUUUUGUUGUUUGAUUUAAACUGUUAAAGGUCAAGUUUAUGAAAAAUUAUUUAAAACCUACCAAAAAACACCGAAGUAUCAACAAGUUAAUGGGGAUACACAGAGGUAAGUGCGCUUUCAUAAGAGACACAGCGAAAGUUUUAAAGCACAUUACACAUGUGAAAUAGUUGCUUGGUAAAAUAGUAUUAGCGAUUAGAUUUUAAAAGUCGCGACCGAGAACUGUUCUGGUGAACUCUAGGGUCGAAAGC